AUGGCAAAUAACAUUGUUGCAGAAUGGUUACGUUCCUUACAUUUAGGACAAUAUGCGGAAAGUUUUAUCGACAAUGGUUACGAUGACUUAGAAAUAUGUAAGCAAGUUGGUGAUCCUGAUUUAGAUGCAAUUGGUGUAUUUAAUCCAAUACAUCGAAGCCGAUUGUUACAAUCGGUACGCACGUUACGUGAAGAGGGUGCAGCCUCGGUGUACUUUACAUUAGAAGAAACCACUUCAGGUGCGACAUCGACAAUUAUUCAACAUGAUAAUGAGUGUUUAUGUGAUAACGUGAGUGCGCGCUCGUCACGUGGAUCAUGCUCGGGUGGGUUAGGUUCUGGUGGUGUCGGUGCCGGUUCUGGUGGUGUUACCGGAUCAACAGGAAGUGUUAGUGUGAAUGUUAUUAAUAAAGAAUCAAUAACGCGAUUAAAUGCCGGCUCACCGGCACCUUCAUCAUCGGGUGCCGGUAGUGGUCAAGAAUUAGCUGCAAGAUAUGUGGAUGAAUAUGAAGAGGGUAAAGCUGAAUUGGUGAAAAUACCGCGUGUUCAAUUAAAAGUGUUGUUACGAGAGAAGUUGCAGCAGGAUGGUAUUCGAUUGAGCUGUCAACCAUAUUCUAAUACGGAUGGUGAACGAGGCUAUUUAGAAGGCUUAGCGUCACGAUACGCAGAUACAUUUAAUACACAUUAUGGUGAUGUACUGGAACAUUUAGAAGAAUUACGACGACGUGAAUGGGAUGAAAUGUCACCGAGAAUGCGUGUAAUUAACAAUACCGGUACACCAGGCACGCCACCAUCCAGUGUGAUGGGUAUACCUGUAUCAGGACAUUCUGGUAUUUCAAUAGGGCAUGGUGGUUUAACAACGUCACAUUCACAACCUAUUUAUGUUCCUGGAAAAUAUUCUCCCUCAAGCUGUUUAAGUGAUAAAGAAGAAGAUGAAAUAUAUGGUUUUGGUUAUGGUGUUUUUGGCAAGCAAAUGUUACAACGCCAACAACAGCAUAAAAUUUUAACACAAGGUAUUGUUACGUCGGCAUCGUCAAGUAGUCAACAACCCCUAAUAAUGCAACAGCAUCAUAAUUAUCAAAGUUGUCUUAGUCCACGUUCGGCGUAUUUUUAUGAAUUCCCUCCAACAGUGUCGUGACAAGUAAUAUGCCCCAUUGUCAUCAAAGUCAAUCGAAUUUCUGGAACUAAAAAACUAUUAUUAUGGAUCACCAAAAUUUUUGUAUGUGCAUCAAUUUUUUUAAUCAGAAGGGUCCUUCCUUCGACU